UGCUUCAAUUUUUUCUUGGCUUAUUUGCGUGACUUAAUAUCUCUUUUUUUUGCGUGUCAAACGAUCUUUUUUCUUUAAACCUGUUUUGCUUGACUGAAAGAGAAAACCGGCUAGAAAGCUAGAAGAUGGAAAAUGGAAUACCCUCAAAAAACGCAUAUAGCGAGAUAACACUUCCUGUCCGUCUUAAUUCCUGCCUCCCAUAUUUUUUCUACCUUAAAGGAAAUGGCGGGGUUAUAACGUGAAAAAUGUGCGCUUAUGUUUUUCACAAGGGAAACAUACACACGUAUUUUCCUUUUCUCUUUCUAAGUAAUGAAAAAUUAGGAAAAUGGUUGGAAAUUCUUAAAAUUGGAAAAAAGUAAGGAUAGCAAAGUUCACGACGCAUUUUUAAAAGCUAAGUGCAAGCAAUUGGUAUUUUUUGUAAAGCAGUUGUCUUUGUUUUAGCUUAAAAUGGGCGUAUAACUCAAAACUACCCUGAAGUCCAUAUUCCUCUAUUUUUAACGGGUUAUCUUUGGAGCAAGCAAUUCAUUUUUACCUACUUUGAUCAUUCUACCCAAGUUUACUCAGACAUCUCAGCCCAUUUUAAAAAAUCAAAGCCUCAUUCAAGUUUUCUUUUAAGCUUAUACUUCUUUUAAUUUUUAUAUGUUUUCAUUGAUAACAUUAAGUUUGAUAAAUUAAUUUCACAAAAAUCUGAAAACUUCAAAUAUAUUUUAUCGCCCAAUCUUAAUUUUAUCAUCGAAACAAUCCUAUAUUCCUUCAGUCGUCCAUGACAAUUAUAAUUCAAAUAGUGCCAUAUUUGUGAUUUCAAAUAUAUCAAAAAUCAGUGUUAUUUCUGUUUACCGAUGGCACUAAAUGGUCACAUUCCGCCCUACAUGAACAACCACGUGGUCAACUCGGGUGGAGGCAACCCUGCACCCGCUCCCGGAAGCACCCACCCCAACUUGGAACCCCGCGUUGCUCGGCGCACUUUCGGGCUAUUCUGCUUGUGCGACUUUUUGCUAAUUUUCUUGCUUUGGACCAUUCUACUUAGCAUUAAAAAGAAGUCUUCAAAUUUUAUACACAUGUUCCGAGUAGAGAUCAAAAACUACUCGAUUUCAACGUCGAUGGCUGAUGUAGUUUUGCUUUCCAUCAUCCGUGACGCCAUGUUGACGUUCGGCUAUUUAGUGCUGAAAUGUAAACACUGGAUGGUGGCUGGUUUUUGUGCAGUUUGUUCCAGUGCUUUUCUUCUCUCAAAGGUUUUCUUCUACCCCAUGAGUUCAACGGGACAACCGGUCACAUACUUUUCCAUCCUGGCCUCAUUUGCCAUGACUUGGAUUGCCACUUACAUGGUAGACUUCAAGAAACUCAGAUCCAAUCAUGAGUUCGGAAGUUCCAAUGCCGUUCAACCAAGUGUAUUUUUCCCGCCUUCGACGCAGGGUGGCGUAGGCGCUCAUCAUCAACAGGUGGCGCCCGACGACUACCGAGGCUUCGGGGGACAAUCGAGAGGUAGCUUCGUGAUGCGUUCGGCGGGCGGCGGAGGUUUCGACGACUCCAACAGUGUGUAUGUGACUGUAAAUGGAAGCGAAGUGGGCGAGGAGAACAGAAGAGUCUUGCCGAUGUUGGAAGAGAACAACGAGUUGAGUGCGAUUGAAAAGACAGCCGAAAUAGAGUCACGAGAGGCCUUCGAAAUCGGAAUACGUCUCAAAGAUUUGCCUGCCGAGGAGUGGAAAUUGGAAGAAUGUGGAGCAUAUGGAACAUGCGUGUGUAUUAAACAGAUGCCCGAACUAGGCAGAGUUUAUAAACUAGAGAUGAUUAUUAACUUAUCACCCGAACAAUUAGAGAACGAACUCACAAACUAUGCGUUCAUUCCCUCCUGGGAUAAAACUAUAGACUCUAUCACUGUACUCCACUCGUUCGGCGAAUGCACGAAAGUAUUACGACUCGUGACCAAUGAGAUUGAAGGACGACGAAGCAUCGCCAAACGAGAGUUCGUCGUGUCGAUGCGCUCGGCCACUCUCGAAAACACAUUUUACUCGUUCGGCUCGUCCAUAACUUACUCGCCUGAAGACAUUGCUGCUCGCGAAGGGUUGCCGGAAACGCACGAUUUGAAUGAAAGCGACGAAAAUGCGUUGCCGUGCUUGACACGAGGCGAGUAUAAAAUUUUGGGCUUCAUCAUCAAAAGGAUAGAAAAUGACUGCAAUAAAUGUGAAAUGAUUAAAUUCAUGUCGACGGAUAUCAAAAGCUGGAUAGCUCAAUUCAGAGUUGACAAAGCCAUCACCCAAAGUCUCUUGACAUAUGCGGAGUGUCUGCAAUUCAGGGUGAAAAAACUGAACGAAAACACGUCAAAAGAACACAAGAUAUCAAAAAAAGAGCCAGCAAUAAGCAACAAUCAAUCGAAAACAACCAGUAAACAGAAUUCCAGCAGCGCCUGAUACAAACCAGAAAAGUAUUUAAUUUUUU